AUGCCGCAGAUUACUGAGAUUUUCUUUGACUGCGACAACACCCUCGUCCUCUCGGAGGAGUUGGCCUUUGAGGCCUGUGCUGAUCUUGCCAAUGAAAUUCUGGAAAAGCAGAAGAUCUCGGAUCGUUACACGGGAGAUCAGCUUAUCCAGGACUUCGUUGGCCAGAACUUCCGCGGAAUGAUGGUCUCUCUCCAGGCCAAGUACAAGUUCGAGAUGUCCAAGGAGGAACUUGAGGAAUAUGUCAAGAAGGAGGAGGAUAAGGUCAUUGCCAAAUUGACCGACAAAGCUCAACCUUGCGUUGGAGUUACUGAAGAACUCGAGAAGCUUUUCGAGUCCAAGAAGUACGGCCUCGCAGUGGUCUCCUCGUCUGCUCUGCGCCGCGUCCGUGCCUCCAUUAAGAAGGUUGGACAGGACAAGUACUUCGACCCCGAGAACGUGUUCAGUGCAGCCACCUCACUUCCCAAGCCCACUUCGAAACCCGAUCCGGCUAUUUAUCUUCAUGCUCUCGAGGUGCGCAACAAGAAGCCUGAAGAAGUAGUCGCCGUUGAGGAUAGCAAGUCCGGUGCUCUCAGCGCCAUCCGUGCCGGCAUCCCAGUCAUUGGCUAUGUCGGAAGCUACCACGGUGAUGACAAGCAGUUUGAAAUGUCCCAGCGUCUGCAAGAGCUGGGUGCCAAGGUUAUCAUGAAGGACUGGAGUGAGUUCGAGAAAUGUCUCUCCGAAAUCGAGGCGGCCUGA